CGCAGUUCUGAAUGGCCAGUGGGUCUGGAAAGGCGUCCGGGUCCCGCAGAGGCGGGUCGACUCUCCAGAAGAUAGCUCAGAAGAAAGAGCAGCUGAAACUGUUCCCGAGAGUCAAGAAAAUAGAGCGCAUAGCAACCCACCUAGGAUGCCAGUACGAAGGAGACUGCAGAUGUCAGUCAUGGAGACCUCUAGUCCCGCCAACGUCAGACACGUACUCACUACCGUCCCUCUCCGACACUUGCAAAUCUUGUCAGCACACGCUGGACAACCACGUACAUGAAAUUAAAAACUUACCCGAUGACCAGCUGGACAGGGUUCUCUUCCUAGUCUACGACAUGGACAACAUCAUGCUACAGAUGAGGACAGAAAAGGAGGACCAGGACCUGCGGAAGACCUACGGCUUUCUGUUUCAGUUCCUUAAAAAAAACAUGCUCCAACCAAAAUUGCCCUCUCUGGCCAAGGAAAAACUUGGUGUUCCUCCUUUCGAGAAACCUUCCAUUGCAAAAGCGGUGACAAAUUUUGUGACGUACAAAUUUGGACAGCUCCCGCAGAACGAGUGGCAGAGAAUGUACGACCUGGCAAAGAUGUUCCUCUACUGUUUCAACCACUGGAAGUUGGAGACUCCGUCGGUGCACGCUCGCAGCAGUCACACGGACGACCUCAAGACCUACAAAGAGAACUAUACCAGGUGGGUGAGUUUCUGCCACGUGCCAGUGUUCUGUGAGAGUCUGCAGAAGUACGACGCCACGCUCAUCUUUGGCCGAUGUUCCUCAGCUCGGUUCCUGAGUACUCUAGAGAACGAGAUAUACAACGCCAACUCACCCAUAUGGAGAGAGGAUUUCAACCAAACUCCCGAGGCCCUCACCGCUCCCAGCCCCGCCAGCUCGUCCAUCACCCCCUCCCACUCCCCCGGCGGGCCCAGUUCCGUUCCAGCCGGUCCUGGCUCCGUUCCAACUCGCUCAGUGGAGUAUGGCGCCCCGCCUUCGUUCCGUUCCAGGGAUUUCCCCCUACCUUCUCCCGCCACUAGCAGCAAUUUUAUGUCGUCUCCCGGGCAACCAGUAUUUUCAUCACCGCAAGUUUCAGGAGAUCCAAUGUCAGUUGAUUACCCGUCACCAUGGACAGGGGGCGUGGCUUCUGUGAAAGGGGCGGGGCAACCACACCCACCACCUAGUGUUGAUCCAGGAGACCUCCUCCUGCCGCAUAAGAUACCCAGAAUUGAAGGUAGGGAGGUGUCUGAAGUAGCUAGGGAGAUUGUCGCUACUAUUACCGACCCUCGGGCAAUGGUCGGACCAGAGGUAUAUAUAUCAUGUCACCAGGUUUCCCUUAUUCAGAUGUUUCACUGCAUACAGACUGGGUUCUUCAACGACCAAGUGUCGAGGGACCACAUCCCGAAGGAGGAGGAGAGGAAGGGAGUGAUACGGUUCCAGAUCCUCCACAACUCUCUUCAGGACACCCCCUCGGCCCAGCACCACCUCUGGAUGCUGGGUCUGAAGACCGUGUUCUCUCACCAGCUGCCCAGGAUGCCCCGGGAGUACAUCACUAGACUCGUCUUUGACCCAAAGCACCAUUCCCUGGCCCUGAUAAAAGAGGACCGAGUGAUUGGAGGAAUCUGUUUCAGAGCGUUCCCCGCACAGAACUUUGCCGAGAUUGUAUUCUGUGCCAUCACCUCCAGCGAACAAGUGAAGGGCUACGGUACUCACCUGAUGAACUAUUUGAAAGACUACUGCAUUAGACAGGGAAUUCUUCAUCUCCUCACAUACGCCGACUCUUUUGCCAUCGGCUACUUCAAAAAACAGGGCUUUUCUAAAGACAUAAAGCUUCCUCGAUCAUCGUAUGUGGGGUAUAUAAAGGACUAUGAAGGUGCUACCCUUAUGGAGUGUGAGCUGAACCCAAAGAUUCCAUACACCGAGUUCUCGAGCAUCAUCAAGAAACAGAAACAGGUGGUUCAUCAGCUGAUAGAGAGGAAGCAAGCAGAGAUCCGCAAGGUCCAUCCUGGGCUGACCUGUUUUAGCGAAACAUGUCGUCGAAUCGAGAUCAAAGACAUCCCCGGGAUUUAGCUGGACAACAACUUUGACAAACUCACUUCGUUUCUUAGAAGACUUAUCAACCAAGUUAAGGAGAACCAGAAUUCCUGGCCAUUUCUGGAGCCAGUCGCCGAGCCUCAGAAUCCCCAUUACUCAAAACUCAUCAAAUUCCCAAUGGAUCUCCAGACGGUGACUGACAGACUCCACGGUGGCUACUACUCGUGCGUCAGACUCUUCAGAGCCGACAUGGUCCGCGUCUUCUCCAACUGCAGACAGUUCAACGAGCGGGGCUCCGAUUACUACAGAUGUUCCGUCGCACUCGAGAAGUUCUUCCUCUCCAAGAUGGCAGAGUACGGACUCGAGCAGGUCGAAUCAUCAUCCAGCAAGUGACCCAUUUCCAUGUCCAACUUUUCCCGGCCAAAACGAAUAGCAACGUUUCCCAAUGUCUCUCUUGCACAAAAUGUUUCUUUUAUGACACACUAUUAUAUCGAAUCUGUUUAUGAUCACGCUGAUGUUUGUUAUGAUGAGCUUCCUAUGAAAUUCCUAUAUAUUAUGCUAGACUACAUUGCAGUGUCUGAAAAGGUUACAGUGUAUAUACGUGGCUCGAGGGUUGGAGGACUUGUGCUAUAAGUGAAUCUAUAAAAUCCCUAGGCCUUGGUGUAGUCUGAGGUAGUAUAGGGCGAGGGAGAAGGCGACCAGAGCGUUGACUGGGACGAAAAUGUAGCCGAGGUGCCAUCUCGACUCACUAGGGGAAGGAUCGGUGGCCUUGCGGGGUGAGACGGGAGUGGGAGGGAAGUCGCCAGGUACGUCUGAAUCAUAGAACAUGAAGAGACAAGUAAAGGCCCCCGUAGCUACACCAAUGGCUGCAGCUAGUGGUAGGGCUCCUAGAAGACCAAAGAGAGCUUGAGUCGUCUGCCUCUCACCAUUCAGAGGCUCGUUGCUAAAGAACUGAACCGCACCUGGUAAUGACAUUCACAGGAGGUCAAUUGUUAGACAGUGAAUGCGUUUGCAAGAGAGGAAGGGCGUGCAGCAUGGACUUGUAGUAGGAGCACCGGUGUCACGGCUUUUUUACCACUAAACAAAGGUUUAUAAAGGAAGAUCAUUGGCUAGAUUCGUGUUCUUGCCUUCCUUGGCUCUAUCCCACGUGAUCUUCCUCCAGCUAUCGUCGUCGGGGUUUAGCGCCGCUACGAGAGCGAAGGCACACAGCAGCAGAAACAGCAUAACGGCCAGUAGGCUCAGUCUGAACCCCGCCUUCCGAGGCUUUCGCCUGGGCCUUGCGCCUCUCCCGUUGCUUGGCCGGUUCCCAGCCGCUCUGUCAUCUUCUUCGCUCUCUCGAGCCGUCUUAUUGGGGCUAGGAGUGCUGAAAAGUCGCUUCCUAAGCUCAUCAUCUGUCGGAAUCACACGCUCCGUAUCCUCCAUCUUCUUUUUUCACCUCUACCUAAUUUUACGAAAAUGCUCCGCGACUACGUAAUAUUGAAAUAGCGAAAUUAGCAACCAGUAAACAAACAGCGCACAGUGUGAACAAGGAGAAAGCUACACUUCACGACAAAUUGCCGUCAAUCGUAAGUAUGAAGAGAAGAUGUCUACAUCUGUAGAAGAGAUUGCAGCGUCCCUUGUGAGGGAGUUCCUUAGCAGAAAGGGAUUGAAGCAGACAUUAGCGAAAAUGGACGAGGAGCUACCAAGAUCCCCUGAGAGCAUCAGCAAUCGUGCUGGACUCGCAAAAGCUCUCAACAUUGAGAAACUAAUGAAGAAAAACAAGGAAAGGGGAAGUCCCUUGCAGACGAUGAUUGAGGUGGUUGCGAAAUAUCUCAUUGACAAGUCCGGCACGAUGUCACAAUCUUCAGCCACACACAAUUCUUUCACGGCUUCCACUGAUUACAAGGGUAGUGAUAACAAUGGGGAAAACCCUUCAGUUAGAGUCGGAAAUGAUUCUAAGAGGGCUACAUUAGCAGCAGGAACUACUAAUCACCGUCCAAUAUCGGAGAAUUCUCGUUUAGUGUCACAGGGAGACCCCAGUCGGAAACCGGUUUCUAAACCUGUUUCUGUAACCGGUUUAUCAAGAUCGACGGGAGAGGGGCUGGAAUCGAGACAGCGUGGCUUCAAACCAAGGAGUAUCAGUGAAUGGGAAUCAGAUCGACAGAGAUGCCCUCAGUGGGACGCCUGAGGUUGAAACAGAUGUCACAAGAGACGGACCGACCACACGUUGUGAGGGGACAAAGACCCAACCCACUACAUCAGCUUUGAAGAAACUUCAGUCAAAGCCAGGGACACGACCCAAGACCUCGACUCUGGGAGACAUCCUCUGUGAGGAUCUGGAGGAUCUGGAUCUGGGUACUACAGGAGAUUGUGUAAUGGGCUACUCUGGAAGCAGAUUAACUGCUGGGAAUCCACCACCACCUCAGAAGAAUAAUAUAAUUGGAAGCCCCAUUUCCCUGCAGACUGCAAGGGAUCUGAGAGAGCUGAUAUUCGGAUCAGUUAGUGCACCGUCGUUCAACGCUGAAUGGAGACGUCAAGACUUCUCCUUCUGCGAGCUGCCUGGUCUUGAAUAUGGACUGGUGCAACAUAAGGGAGGCCCGUGUGGUGUGAUGGCCUGCGUCCAGGCAUAUCUCCUCAGACACCUACUGUUCAGUGAAGGUCCCCGUCACAUGAGGUCAUCACCAUUGACUCAAGAACAAAGAAACACAGCUCUAGUGUCAGCUCUGACAGAUAUUCUGUGGAGGUGUGGUCAACGGAGCGGGACAGCUAUUGUUGCUCUUCCUCCUUCUGCUCAUAACUCGAGACCCUCGUCAACUCUGCUGCCUUCUCGGGCCUACAUUCCUGACCAUAUCACCGAGAGAGUAUGCAUUAUAGUAGUACAAUAGCUGUAUAUAUGUGGAUGUAUAACCUUCUAUGGUAAAGUUAUAUAUGCACGUAAGCAUUGGCUAAUGUGUUUUGUACUGUUUUCUGCAGAUAGUCUUAUACAGUUUCUCCAACAGCACUACUUUGGAGGAUUUCCUAUCAUCACAUGUUUUCCUUUUUCAGGAACAAAGCAAGAGCGGCUGCAUUCACUUUCUCCUCUCUGCUAUACUGUCAAAAGGAAUAGACAGUAUAAGAAGGGAAAUGGAUGACGGAGGGGGUCCCCUAAUUGCUGCUCAUAGCUACUGCAGCCAGGAGUUGGUUAAUCUUCUGCUCACUGGAAAUGCCGUAUCGAAUGUUUUUGACGGGAACCUAACUCUUGAGUCGGGGGGAACUCAAAAAAGUUUCCUGGGAGGGAUUCCUGAUCAGAGUCAGAUUGGAUUUCUCUCUCUUUUCGAACACUACGGCAACUGCAUUAUAGGGAGUCACUACAAAGAACCGGUUUUUCCAAUCUGGGUGGUUUGUAGCGAAAGUCACUUCACUGUUCUCUUCAGCCAGCAGAGAAACUUACUGUCCAACUGGGAACUUGAAAAGAAGUUUGAUCUCUUUUACUACGACGGUCUGGCAAACCAAGAUGAGGAGAUUCGCCUCACCGUUGACACAUCAAUGUGCAAGGUGGAUGGGAUGAAGCUACCACAGACUAAGACUAACAGGGACCUGGAAUCUCCAUUGCAGCUGUGCAUACAGACAAAGUGGAGAAACGCUACCGUUGAUUGGAAUGGCACAGAGCCUUUACUGUAGCUGGUGUGUGUUACAUCUCGCAAAUUUUUACAGUAUGUACCUUUUUAUCGGUAAAUUUGCUGCAGCGAUCUCAGGCGGACGUCGUCUAAUAGCACGUACGUAUUUAUCAGCCGUUUUUAUACGGACGGGGGCGCGGCGGUGUCGUCACAAUUUCCGUUAUCGCGCGAAUAAAAGCAGGCGUCGUGCGGGGCCGAAAGAAAACUGUAGCGGUUCACAUACGCACAGAGGAGAAGAGAACUACUACUGCAAUGUCAGACCGUAUCCAACAGCACACUACGUUGAUAUGCAGCUUCUGCUCGGGCUACUUGUUCAACGCCCCGUACCAGGCGGCGUGCGGCGACAGAAUCUGCGGUAGCUGUCAUUCCGGACUCCAAGCAAGGCAGAAGGAAGCUAUUCGCUGUCCCAUCUGUGGUACCAGCAUCGACCUCAAUACAUGUUUCAGAGACAAGGCGGCAGAAGUUGAACUUUCUAAGGCUAUUCUAAGCUGCACAAACAAGGGCUGUUCUUGGAAGGGAGAGGGCAGGAACUUUCUGGCCCAUCUAAAGCAGUGUUCGUUUGCCAUCGUCCAAUGCCCCAACAAGGGCUGCGGGGAGCAGAUGUACAGGAGCGACUUGGACCUGCACUGCAAGAACUGCAGAUACUUGCCAAUCCAGUGCACAUGGUGUCACUGGGAGAUACCGAGACUUGACGAAAACGUACAUUUAGCUAAUGAAUGCGAUGAAGUUCUAGUCACCUGCACUACCGAACGAUGCAGUGAAAAAUGCAAAAGGAAAGACCUACCAAGUCAUCUGGCGACCUCUUGCAAGUUUACUGUUAGAGAUUGUGAAUUCAAGGACAAUGGAUGCUCCUUUAGAGGAACAGUGGAGGAGCUUGUGCAGCACAAUGAAGACGCAGUUGUCAAUCAUCUAAAGCUCUUCAAAGGUACAUGUAAGCAGCAGACGAACAGAACUGUUGAACUUGUUUCAAGAAGUGCCGACUCUAAACUGGACAACUAUGAGAAGCAGAUUGCUGCACUGCAUCAUGAAAUACACACUCUGAGGAACGAACUGAUGUCUCACGUGCAGAAUCCUGUGGUACAGAGUGUGGUGAAGCUAGAGACGACCAUUCAGCAGCUGCAGGAUGGAUUUGGAGAGAUGGCACUGCUGGUGCAGACGCUCCAGGCCACCAGCUACAGCGGAGUCUUCAUCUGGAAGAUCCCGGAGGUCACUCGCAGGAGACACGAGGCUCGGGUGGGCCGCACCCUCUCUCUCUACUCCGCCCCCUUCUACACCAGUCGCCACGGCUACAAGAUGUGUCUGAGGCUGUACAUGGCGGGGGACGGGAGCGGGAAAGGCAGCCACCUCUCCUUCUUCCUGACGGUCAUGAGAGGGGAGUUUGACUCCCUCCUACGCUGGCCCUUCAGACAGACGGUGUCCCUGGUUCUCCUGGACCAGGACAGACAGAGAGACAUUGUCCAGUCCUUCAGACCGGAGCCCUCCUCCGCCUCCUUCCAGAGACCUCGGCUGGAGAUGAACGUGGCAUCCGGCUGCCCCACAUUUGCUCCUCUCUCUGUCCUAGACAACUCGUCCUACGUCAAGGACGAUACUCUCUUUCUCAAAUGUGUCAUUGACAGAACAGGAUUGGAAAAUACUUGAUAAAACUGUCUUUUAGUGGAAGAUUAUUAUUUUUUUUUAUGAGCAUACUUUUCUUUUAUUAGGGGAAACAGUAAAGUCAUAAUUAUUGUAAACUCCUCAAUGUUGCACAAAAGCUUAGCAAGAGUGAUAUGACCAUACAAUCACUUUUUAUAGGUAUUAUAGGGCAGUCAUUUUUGUAUAAUCUCUCAAAUAAUGUUUUUUUAUAACUGGAUCAGUUAAUUAGUUUUAGAAUGAGAGUAUGUUUGAAAUAUCUGUCACAUUAUGUACGGUAGGAGGAGUUUUUGUAUCUCCUCAAACCAGACACCACUUCGUCGAGAACUCUUCUCUUGUACUCUUCCCAUUGCCUUCCAUCCACGUAGCUCUUGAAUGCUUCCUCCACUGUUGGAUACAACAACUUGGCCUCCGCCUGAACCGAUUCCAGGUAACGCCCCUGCGAUUGUUUGGCCAAAACGACCGUAUUGACGAGGAGACACUCAGCAAUGUCUGCGCAGAUGACGCUCGAGUUGCUGGGGCCUUCACCCACGCCGAAAUAGUCCCCCGGAUAUAGUGUGCGCAGUAGCCACCACUUUUGGCAUUUUUUCAACUCCCUCUUUGGUUUCUGAACCAAAUUGUGUCCCUCGGGUAGAAUCGGAGGUAAGGUCGUUGAUCGCCGUUGUUGCUGCUGAAGUUUCAGUCUACCAUUUCCAGACACGAGUAGAGCCACUUUCUGCACAACCUUACACUUCCCUUUCGUCACGAUGAACACAUUCUCAGAGGGCUCCGAAAAGUCCCUUAUGAUGACGGAAUUUGACGUAAACUCCACAAACUGUGAACCUUCCACAGCCAGUCUUAGCUGGUCUUUGCUCCAUCCUCUAAACAGAGGAUGGCGAGAUAGAAUCCCGUUGCUGUGCGCCCAGUUUUCCUGGCAGCUCUCCAUCAAAAUCUUCUUGAAAUCUCCCUUGUCGACUUUCAGAAACUCGCAGUCUUCGCGGCAUACUAUUGUCGCCCGUCGCUUGUCGUCGUUCAGUAGCGCCAAGUCCCCGAAAGUUGCCCCCGCGCCCAGUUCUCCGACAAUGUUGUUUCGCACUCCGCCGGAUACGGGGUCUUUGUCUUGCACUUCGACCAACACGCUUCCCGAUACGAUGAAAUAGAAACUGAAUCCGACGUCUCCCUGACGAAUAACUACCCUGCCGCUCUCGAAAACCUCGUAGAAGAGCACGUUAGCAAGCUCCUGUCGGACGUAGAGGGAGUAGCGACUGAAGCAAGCGAGUUUCAUGACGAACCUCCGAACGAUUCCCAGUUCUUCGUCGGUCCUAUUCCAGGACGGCUUCGUGAGAAUUAUCUUGACUCGCUCGGAGAGUCCGCUGCAAGUCUGACACUCGGGGAAAAACGACUGGACGUUGAACGUGAAAAUCUCCUGUUCGUUUCCUUCCACUACUGCGUACUUCUUCAGGUGUCGCCUCGCGUCUUGCGCCAGAACCCUCGUCAGUGCUUUGUUCCUCUGCACUUUCUUCGCCGUCGCCCUGAACAAGGAUAAUUUGGUUUUGACAUGUUCUUCUUCCGAUUUAUCGGCAUUGAGCGGUCUACUCGUCUCAUUGGAUGAAGUCAGGGACGACCCGUCUGCUAAAUCGUUCUGCUCUUCCGCUUUGUGCAGCACCGGCGGACCGCCUUCUUCCGCGGACAUCGCGUCGUAACGACGCGCGACGCCGACGCAUGCGCAAUUCGUGCACGCUCACGCCGGCCGGCCGGCCCAGCAGCAGCAGAGACCUCUCCUCCAUUCGACGGCAUGCGCUGCAACCUUCGGUGACUGACCGACGCUGUACCUGCAAAUACGCUAGGAUUGCUCGUGCACCUCCGUCAACCAGUUGGUGGAUCAUAUCAACAUGAUAGCUGCCAGCUGCCUGGUGGACCAGCUAACACACGCCGCGUUGUCGGGCAGCCCGAUCGAUCGCUGCCUAGCCUACUGCCAUGCCAGCUGCCUGGUGGACCACGACAGACGAACUGAAAGCCUA